CACCCUUCCUCAAUCCCUCUCUUCCCCAGUUUGGAAGAUAAUGUCAAUCCCAUAGCUCUCUCUUUCUCUAUCUAACUUGCCUUGCUUCUGUUCCUCAUAAUCUCUCUUUCUCAUUCAUGUACAGUUCGAAUUGUGCUGAUGCAGAUCUUCAAGUGGUGGAAAUAAAUUACUGAUCUCGAGACUGAGACAAAAUUUAGAGUAGUUCUUUGUGAUGGACGAGGGACGGUUGUGUCAGUGGACGGCAGUUCGAUCCAUUCUAGCCAUCCUUCAGUGGUGGGGGUUCAAUGUCACUGUUAUCAUCAUGAACAAAUGGAUCUUUCAGAUACUGGAUUUUAAGUUUCCUUUAACUGUAUCAUGUAUACACUUCAUAUGCUCCUCCGCUGGUGCAUACUUAGUGAUAAAAAUAUUGAAGCUUAAGCCAUUGAUAGUAGUUGAACCUGAAGAUCGAUGGAGAAGAAUCUUCCCGAUGUCAUUUGUUUUCUGUAUUAACAUAGUUUUGGGAAAUGUUAGCCUGCGCUACAUCCCCGUUUCCUUUAUGCAGACCAUAAAGUCAUUUACUCCAGCAACAACAGUUGUAUUACAGUGGCUAUUUUGGAGUAAGCACUUUGACUGGAGGAUAUGGGCUUCGUUAGUUCCUAUUGUUGGAGGGAUUCUACUCACUUCUAUCACGGAGCUUAGCUUCAACAUGUUUGGAUUUUCUGCUGCUUUAUUUGGUUGUCUUGCUACCUCGACAAAGACCAUCCUUGCUGAGUCUCUUCUACAUGGUUACAAAUUUGAUAGCAUAAACACAGUGUAUUACAUGGCUCCAUUUGCAACUAUGAUCUUGGCAGUACCUGCACUGCUAAUUGAAGGAUCAGAUCUUAUAAUAUGGUUACAAUCUCAUACAUCCAUUGUCCCAUCCCUUACCAUAAUCUUUGGUUCUGGAGUACUUGCUUUCUGCCUUAACUUCUCUAUCUUUUACGUCAUCCAUUCCACAACUGCAGUUACAUUCAAUGUCGCUGGAAAUCUUAAGGUUGCAGUUGCAAUUACAUUUUCAUGGCUAAUAUUCCGAAAUCCUAUAUCCGUCUCGAACGCUAUUGGAUGUGGGAUCACACUUGUUGGGUGUAUGUUUUAUGGGUAUGUAAGGCACAUGCUUUCCCAACAGACACUAGGAACGCCUCCCCGGACUCCACACACUCCCAAGAACUUGAGGGAGUUGAUUCCGCUUGUGAACAGCGAUAAAAUAGAUGACCAGGUAUGAGAAUAGGUUUUCUUGGCUAUGGUGAAAAUGGAUAUAUAUUUUAUAUAUACUGUUGUGAAGAAAAACUGCAAGUUUCCAUCAAAUUUGUGAAGAAAUAUAAUCAUAGUCUAUCAUUGUUGGUAUUUACAUGUAUAUAUUUAAUUAUAUAUAUAUCAUUUUUAUUUUUCUUAUUCUUAUGAUCUCUCUUAUUA